UGGUUUUGUGUGAGCAUCUGCCGCUGGGCUGGUGCUGCUGCCUUGCUGUGGGAGGAGCAGGCGAGUGCCCUGAACUUGCAGCCGAGGGCGGAAACGCUUUGGGGUUUACUGCUGAUGCUUGAGGCUUUUAUAGAGUUGCAGCAUCUGAGCUGGGUGCUCUCUGCUGGAGUGAUGCAGGCACAUAAAGGUAGAUCUGGGUCUUCCCCCAGGGCUCAGUCUGCGACAGCCCCAGCAGUUUUUGGCUGCUACAUGGAAGAUCACGCCAAGCACGUCCAGUCCAUUCCACUCCCAGCCAUGCAGCAGAACCUGAACUACGUGUAUCCCCAGAUCUUUUGGGUGGAUGGCUGUCCCAGUGCAAAUACUUCCUGCUCUCCAGCACCCCCCGUCGCUCCUUUCCCACCACCAGUACCUGACCGGAGCAGAAAGCCAAGGAACAACAGAGAAAGGAAGAGCACUGGCUUUCUGGUGAUCUCCUUGCUGCUCCUGCUGGCCCUCACUGGAGUGGGGCUGAGCAUGUUUCAGAUUUUCCACCUGGAGAAGGAGCUGGCUGAACUCAGAGAGUCUGCCAGCAGUGAACACAUCCCUCCAGCUUUGGAAAAACUCAUAGGGCAGAAGGAGCAGUCAAUGAAAAAUGAAGCAAGGAAAGCAGCACACUUAACAGGAAACCCGGACCAGCGAGACCUCACUCUGGAUUGGGAGUCCAUCUCUGGCCAUGCCUUCACCAAUGGCAUUCAGUACCGUGAUCAGGGCCUUGUCAUCAAUGAGACCGGUCUGUACUUUGUAUAUUCCAACGUGCUCUUCCGAGGCAGUGUCUGCACGAGCCAGGUGUUGACCCACAUCGUCUACAAGAAGAACCCAGCUUUGCUUGGUAGCCAUGUGCUGAUGGAGGACAAGGGCAUCAACUACUGUACAGGUCAGAAAACGUGGGCCCGGAAAAGCUACCUGGGGGCUUUAUUCAAGCUCAGGAAGAUGGACAGUUUGCAUGUCAAUGUCUCCAAAAUCUCUCUGAUUAAUUUUGAGGAAUCCAAGACAUUCUUUGGUUUAUUUAAGCUUUGAAUGGGGCUGUUGGAGCAUGGCCAGCAGCCCACGACACACACCUAAAUAUGCGUGAGCGGUGAGUGCUGCCUGAGUGGCAGUGGCCAAGCCAGGGUCUUGCCCUACGAAGUUCACCAAGAAACCAUGUUUUGGUCUUCAGCAUGAGAAGCCUCAAGCAACUGGUAAAGGCUUGGAAGUAGACCUCUCAGAAGCACCAGCACUGCACUGCACCAACCUGAAGAGAAUUACACAUUUUCCCCUCUGGAAAAAACCAACCCAACAACAAACUCAAAAUGUAGUGUCCUGAAGACACAACUGAAACUAGUUACUUGCUACCUGAGAAGAUGCUGGUGCCAGCAGCCCCAUAUGGUGCCAUGGCCUUGGUGAGCUCGAGCAGGAGGCAGGCAGUGAGGAGGCCCCUAAAGCUUUGUCUGCAGGUGCCUGGGCUAUGCCAUGCCAUGGCACACUGCAGGUGGUGGUGUGGGAACAAGUACUGCAGAGGUCUUGUCUACCCAUCUCGAGCUAUGACUGAGCACCCUGCCUGGGCACUCAGCACUGUGACUGGUGUACAGCAGGCACCUGCCUGCUAGACUGCUGCUUUGGUGCCAUUAAGUACAUUUUGUGUUAAGCCGUCGAGUGUGCCUAUUUUAGAAAAUGUCCCCCAGCACCUUUAUUUAACUCGUGUCCACUGUCUUGCAAAGAAUGUGCCAGAAGCAGCAGGGCCAUGAGUGGGAUCCCAACCCUGGAGAGAAAAUAUGACUGUGUUGUGUUGAAGGGGCUGGUGGGAAGGCCACAUGCUCCACUGACAGAACCCUAAACAACACGGUGGAAAGCGAUGGGGCCCGAGAUAAAAGCAGCAUCUCCAACCCCCUUCCUGUCUUUUCAACACAUCAGGGUCCCCAUGGAAAACUGGUUCUGUCACACUCUGUAUGGUGCAAGUGAGGCGGCAUGCUGGCCACCAUAAACAGUAUGGCUAUGGCUGGCCCCCUUGUCAGGGGAUAUUCUCUUCUGAACAAAACACAGCUGGUAAAUAAAGGUAUAUUUUUCUAGUAAGUGGCACUGUU